AUGCCCCUAGCAGCUUUGCAAGAGCGGUUUACCGCUCUGCAGGAGACCACAACCCAGCUAAGGGAGUUGAUCGACCGGCUCGCCCAUCUCGAUUUCCAACCCGGCUCCGUGCCCCAAGGGACGGACGAAGAAAGCAGCAUAAGCGGCGAGUUGAGCGCAGAAAUCAGUCUAUUGCUACGAAGUGGCCUGGAAGAGCAAGAACUCCUCCGGGAAGAAGUCAAGUUCGUCCGGCCGGAUGGUGACGACAAGACGAUAUUAAGGGAUGGUGUUGAACGGCUUGGGGCCGAACUAGUCAACUGCCGAGGCGACUUUCGAAAAGCACGACUCGCAGCGCGAGAAGCCCUGGCCAAGGCGCAAAAACUAGAACGCCAACUCCUCGUCCAGUCCUACUCCCUGCCCGUCUCCGAGCCAGAUAUCCCCCAGCCCGAAGCCGAGGAAGCACCCGCGCCUGCGCCCGUGCCCCGGCCCCAACGAUACGUCCAACAGCACCACCAACACUCCAAUCUUAGUCAAGACGAACGGCGAACCGUCGGCGCGAGCAGCAACGUCACCAAUGCGCUUCGCCGCACGCACGACCUCAUCGCUGCAGAGCUCUUCCGCAGCGAGUAUGCACACCAGACUCUUACCGAGUCUUCUGCUACGCUGAAAAAGCUCGAUGAAUCAUAUACCACCAUGGGUAGCAUGCUUGCCAGCUCAAAGGACUUGCUGGGGACUUUGCUACGGUCACAGAAGAGCGAUACAUGGUAUUUGCAGACGGCCAUGUAUAUGCUGAUGGUGACGGGGGCGUGGUUGUUAUUCAGGCGGCUUUUGUACGGGCCCAUGUGGUAUUUGGUUUGGUUGCCGCUGCGGAUAGUGUUUGCAGUAGGGUCCAAAACGGGCAGUGCUAUGAUGCCGCGGGGGGCUGGAGAGUCCGGGAAAGUCGGGGGCGUGGGAGAGAAUGCAAAGGUCUCCGUAGAAGGUCUGCCUAGAGAGGAUUUGCCAACGGCGCAGGUGAGAGAGAAGAGGGAUGCGGGUGGCGGUGGGGAUUCUAUGAUUGAAAGGGUUGCUCAGGCUGUGGAGGAGGCUGAUCGGUUGGGGAAUCUGGCCGAGGACGAAAAUGAGAAUCCGGAAGAUCAGCCGAGAAAUCCUUUGAAGAGGGUGUGGGAGCCGGAGCCUGACACACAACGCGACGAAUUGUAA